AUGAAGAAGCCCAUGCCCACCGCUCCGGGUCAAUGCCAGUUCAAAUCUCUUCAGGUGGGCAUUCCACAAUUCUUUGUUCCAACUGCACCAUCCGAUCCAUCCUUCACUCAGACGAUGCAUAUGCAAGCAAGCUAUCCACUGUUGCCUGUCUGUCCCCUUCAGCAGAUUGUCGGUCAGUCGUUGCAUGAACGUUAUGGCGCCUUUGCAGCACGGGAGUGGGACUCACCUCUCCACACCGCACCCUUCCCCGAGCAUACGAAUACUGUUGGAACGGUGAUCCCACCUGUGUUGAACUGGAAAAGUCGGUGUUGCGUAGACCCCUGGAAGGGCAUUGCGCCUGUGCAGGUGCCUGAGAGUGGUGAGCGUUUGGUCACAAGUGUUGUCAAUCAGCGACACACAGUGCUGUUUUCUCCACCGCAGUGGAAAUUCUCAACCUCGCCAGAUUCUGCAUAA